GGUAAACAAACCCGGCUGGUGGAGCUGACAGCCCUGGGAGGCCGAGUGCAGUAUACACUUAACUUAACUGUAGACACAAACAGACCUACUCUACACAUUUAUGCCAAACCAAUUCUGGCAUAGCUUGACAACACUCUUGUUUUGCCUAACUUUUCAUAAGAGCCUUGGCUUAUGUUUUGUAAGAGUAUUAGCCGCGUACUCAGCCCUACCUGAAAACAUGUAGGUGGUGCACUAUUAACGCGCCCUGCGGUACUUAUUGGCAGUACUUAAGUGAUAUUCGGAGGUGACGGUGCUAAAUGAUAUAUUACAGCAAGUAAAACCAUAAUACAGUGAUGGAAUGUUAACAGCAGGGCUUCUUGUAUGGAGUUGGUCCUUCAUGCCCAGUGGUGAGGAAUCUGAAAACCCAGAAAAAACUGUGUCAUGGAUAACCUGACCAUGACCAGCUUUGUCGACACCUUGAAUGGUCCAGCUAUGGACUCGUCUCAGCACCAGUCUGAUGGGGGAAGAGCAGCCACCAUAGAUGCAGUAGAAGUGACAUCAAGCCUUCAGAGUAGAGACGGAUCAUUCCUGGAGCAUGAAGGACCAGUACAAGAGAGCAAGAUCAAAAAGUGUCUACUUAGUUGUUCUUCCUGCCACCAUCCUUUGUCCAGGAAGCACAAUCCUUUGUCAUCGAAUCCAACUUUCCUGCAGCUCCUGAAAUACUCCUUCCUAUGUCCUCCACACGGCACUGUUGGAAAAUGGCUGACAUUAGUGCUCAUCAUCCUUCUGGUGUUUGGCUCCUUGGUCUCUAUCUUAGGGGCCACAUCUCUGCCAGGUGGCAACAUCUUCUCCCUCUGCGUUCUUUUUGUCUUGGCCUUGGUUGGAGGACAUGCCAUCACACCGCUGAGGCUGCCACCUCUUCUUGGUAUGCUCGUUGUUGGCAUCCUGUUGAAGAGUGUCCCGGGGAUAAGUGAAAUUGGCAAAAACAUCGACCGGGACUGGGCUUCAGCUUUACGAAACAUUGCACUGGUGGUAAUCCUCCUACGUGCUGGCCUGGGACUGGAUCCAGCAGCAUUGAAGCAACUCAGUUUCAUGGUAGUACGACUAGCCUUCUCCCCAUGCAUCAUAGAGACAAUCGUGGUUGCUACCGUCUCCCAUUUGCUUCUAGGUUUCCCGUGGCUAUGGGGCCUCAUGCUGGGGUUUGUCUUAUCAGCGGUGACCCCAGCAGUCAUUGUGCCGUGCAUGCUGGUACUGUCAGAGAAGGGCUAUGGUGUGGAAAAGGGCAUUCCAACACUUGUUAUUGCUGCCUCUACCAUUGACGACGUCCUUGCUAUUUCAGGUUUUGGCAUUCUCUUGGGAAUAACCUUUGCUGAGGGUGAAUUGUGGGUGGUCAUCCUGAAAGGACCAUUUGAAGUGCUUGUAGGUCUGCUCUUUGGGCUAAUCUUCGGGGUACUGUGUUGGGUUCUGCCAAAUCGCAAAGAACAGGAAGCCCAGGUCAUGAGAUUUGCCAUAAUCUUAAGUGCUGGCUUGUUAUCUGUAUUUGGAAGUCAGAUGGUUGAGCUUGGAGGUGCUGGGGCACUAGGGUGUCUGGUGAUGGCUUUUGUUGCGGGGUUUGGAUGGCGACGGCAGGGAAUGACCGAUGAAAAUUAUGUGGACCACCUGCUGGGCUAUGUGUGGGAGUUCUUCCAACCUUUUCUCUUCGCGCUAAUUGGUGCAGAAAUUCAGUUGGACCAAUUGGAUGGUAACACUGUGGGCUAUGGCUUAAUCACCAUCACCAUCGGCCUUAUUUUCCGCAUGAUAACGUCCUUCUUGGUGGUGAUGGGCGGAGAGCUUUCCGUGAAGGAGAGGAUUUUUGUAGCCUUAGCCUGGUUACCCAAAGCCACUGUUCAGGCAGCCAUAGGAUCCCAAGCCCUGAAUUAUGCUCGGAAAACUGCCGCUGGACCUGAGGCAGAAAAACUUGGCCUGCAGGUAUUAACCAUCGCAGUGUUGGUCAUUUUGAUCACAGCACCCUUAGGAGCAGCUGCCAUCACUCUGUCAGCACCCAAGCUUCUCAGCAGAUCAAACCAAGCUCACACACAGUCACCUGGCACCCCGGAGAAAACUAUGGAGGCUUGAGUGGCCCUUUUUGUCUCAUAACUGCAUUUAUCAGUUAACCCUCUUGCUGCUGGAUGACAAAAUAUUUAUCAUCCGUUUCAAUAUACACAGAAGACAGCUAAAAGCGGUUGAGAUACACUUUGCUGACCCCCAAGGCUAAAUAUAAUGCACGAGAAAAUGUUUAUUCCCUUAAUGAUUUUCACAUUUUUUCACAUUGUGGUAAGUACCUGUAUUUGUUUUAUUUUAUUUUUUGGUGCGUUCUGUAUGUAGGAUGUUGCGUGCAUGUACUGUAACUGCGUGAAAUUUUUUUUUUAAAUUACGAGUUUAAAAAGAAAUAUAGGUACAGUAUCCCUCGAGAUAUGAUUUGGUUAGGUUCCAGAAAAUCAUUCGUUUGGUGAAUUUUCAUAUCUCGAAUAGAAAAAUAUAUGGAAAAAUAGGGUUUGGUUCCCCAUUGACUAAAAUACUCCAAUAUCAUACCUCAAAAAUACAAAAUCUAUUCACUAACAAGAAAAAACCUAACUAACUACAGUAAUUGAAUUGAAUUGAAACAGUUUAUUUAGCCAGAAAAACACAGAUACAGAAUGGAUAAUAACAGCAAUAUUAACAUGGCUGAGCCAGUUGAGAACCUGAGCUCUC